CUUCACUCUUCUUUUCCUGCAUCACUGAGAGGGAAGAAACCUGUUUUCUCCAGCUCACAUUUUCUCUUUCCAUCCGACUCUUCAAGAGGAGCACAAAGGUUCUGCAGGAGAACUUCAAAGAGCAACUGACCAACAGAACCACGAAGAUCUGACAAGAUGAGACUUCUAGUCGUCUCUUUUCUCGUCGCCAUCUCCGCAAUGUUGGCUGGGAGCGUCGUCAUGAAGACCCUGGUGUUCCAGACUGAGAGCAGUGACAGUUUUGUUGAGAUGGUUCCCAUGAAGCCCCUGAACCUGAGAGCCUUCACUCUGUGCAUGCGUGUGGCCACGGAGCUGAAAGGUGAGCGAGAGGUCAUCCUGUUCGCGUACCGGACACAACACUACGAUGAGUUGAACGUGUGGCGUGAGCUGGACGGCAGAUUGUCCUUUCACCUGAGUGGAGGCAUUGUUUACUUCGACAUCCCUCAGAUCGGGGCACUUGAGACCCACCUCUGCUUCACCUGGAACUCUGGCUCCGGUGCCGCUACCGUCUUCAUGGAUGGAAGGAAAAGCUUGACCAAGAUUUGUAAGAAGGGUCACACCAUCCGUCCUGGGGGGACCGUCAUCAUCGGGCAAGAUCCGGACAUCUUCAUGGGCGAAUACGAUGCCGGGCAGAGUUUCGUUGGGGAGAUCUCAGACGUUAAUUUGUGGGACACUGUCCUGCCGGCCAGCACAAUCCAAGACAUUUAUACAGGGAAGAGAGUGGCAAGAGGAAAUGUUUUCGACUGGGAAACCAUCGAUCUAAAAAUCAACGGGCAGGUAGAUGUUGUAACGCGAGAGCUGUAGAUUUAAUGCUGGAAUUAUGCGGCCAAUUUACACCUGAAUGACAUUUGUGAAGGUUUGUUGAUCAAAUGUAUGUCGAAAUGUACCAAUGUCAGUGGGAUUGUUGUUCAGUCCAAUAAAAAACAUUUUGACAAUGUCUGUUGUGUUGGAACCAAUUACAUGAAAAUGUUAAAUAGAACAUAUAUUGGUUAGUAGUAGUAGUUAUUGUCAUGUUCGACAGACCACAUCAUUUGACCUCAUUCCAAUUUAAUGAUCAGUUAUUGAUUUGCCCACUGUACUGAUUUUCAGAUUUAUGUUUAGCUCUGCCUCAAAUGCCAAGUCUGCAUACCUUCAUCAACAGCAUCCUCCCAGGGUACUGUCAAUUCUACAAGGUACAAAACCG